CCGACGAAUUAUUUGCAUUGCGGAGUCAAAUCAGCCUCGAGUCGGAGCAAGACAAAAAAAAAAAAAAAAAAAAAAAAAAUACAGAUUUAUCUGUCAGCAACUCUACAGUAGAGAGGAUCAUUCAAUCAAUUGCUCCCUGUCACUAACGGACGUGUUUGUUGCUUUUCCGCCUUUACAAAAUUCAACGUAUCCGUAGGAGCCUCACCAACGGCACAGCCGCUGAACAAACCGGAUACCGAUCUGGGACUUGUCCACCCCCCAGCAGGUUCGCAUCAGCCUUGCAACGCUCAGCUCUUGCGUUUGCAGAAACAAUAAUUCGAGGCCCUCUUUUUCUUUUAAUCCACCAGGCGGGCGAACAUCCAACUACUGGCUAACCAACUCACCUCCCUACAUACCUAAACUGCAUACCUUGCGCUGAAUCGUUGCACCGAGUGCCGUGUCCAAGCCUGUAGCACUGCGCUGCAUCGAUAAACCACCAGGCUCGACGAUUUUUGAGAAGGUCUGGAAAACACCAUCCACUUUUGACGGAAGGGCACGGCGGUUGCCCCUGGUUGGGCAAACCACACUUGAAAGAUGUCGGCAAAGCCAACUUCGGAUGCUUCCAAGGCUACUCAGAUCAAGGCCCCUGUGCCUGGUCGGCCUGUGUUUGGUUGCGAACACGUCCAACUCAUCAUGACCCAAAAUAGGGAUCUGCAACAAACAUCAAUCUCACAUUACAAAGCCAUCCUGCGCUGCAUAUUCGAGAACCCUCCAGUUAUACCAGAGACUAGCAUUACAGCAAGUGGCCAAAAUGUUACGUCCUUGACAUCAAACUAUCUGUGUCUUCAGUGCCCCCAGAUCCUUGGCGUGGAAGAGCGUCUUGAACAUGGCAAUAAAAAAUCCCACCGCUUUUACGUUGACUCUCGCAAUGGAAUGCUAUACUGCCAAAUGUGUGAUGAUUAUGUCUGGGACCCAACACUCGAGGAGCUUAGAUUGAGGAAGAUAGGCGCAGGCACUUUUACUCUACGUAAGAGGAAGCGUGACGAGCUAUCUCCGGAAGCUGCCAAGGAAGAAGCUCGCUAUAUUGCGCUCAACACGAACCAGGUGCCGUGCAAGGCUACUGGGCUCCGCGGAAUUUACAAUGCAGGGGCUACAUGCUACCAGAACGUCAUCCUGCAAAGUUUUCUACACAAUCCCUUUCUUCGCAACUACUACCUCAGCGAUGGUCAUCAGAGUGGCGAAUGCCAAACUCAGUACUGCAUGAGCUGUGCCAUGGAUGACAUAUUCCAGGAUUUCUAUUCACAGGAGACCACAAACGGCUACACAGCAGCCAAUAUGCUUUGUGGCUUUUGGUCGUUGGAGCGCAAAGCUUUUGCAAAUCUUGUCACGACAAAGGAGCAAGAUGCGCAUGAGUUCUUCCAGCUUCUGGCUGAAGAGCUGCACGAGCGCAACGGCGAUGGGAAGCGCCCGGAAAGUGGAUCUGAGCACUUGUGUGACUGCAUUAUACAUCAGACGUAUUACGGCAAGCUACAAAGCAACACAACGUGCCAAGGUUGUGGUAGCGUCACGAAUCAGGUGCAAUCAUUCCUUGACUUGAGUCUCGGUUUAGACUCCACGCAGAAGAAGAAGAAGCUCGCCGGGACCAAGUCAGAAGGCGGCAGUAAAGGUGCUUCGUUGUCGUUGCAGGACUGCUUGGAGGAAGAGUAUGUCAAAUCCGACAAGUGCGAGUACCGCUGCAACAAGUGCAACUCAACACAGCAGGCCAGGCGGAAUACAAGCCUGAAGCGCUUACCGAAUGUGCUCUCAAUACAAUUAAAGCGUUUUGAGUACAAACAAGGGCGCCACGACAAGGCGGUCAAGGUUGAUACGCCCGUCAAGUUUCCGUUGCAGCUCAACAUGUUUCCAUAUACGGACCGGGGUCCCAGCACCGAGUCCAAGGAAAACUACGAACUGGCGAGGACAUGCCAAUAUGAUCUCUUCAGUGUCGUAGAACACGUGGGAGAGAUUGAUACUGGACACUACACCUGCUACUGCAAGGUUCAGGACCAGUGGUUUGCAUUCAACGACCACAAAGUUGAAAUGGCCUCCGUUUCCCAGGUGCUAUCAGCCAAGGCCUACUUGCUAUUCUAUAUCGUCAGUAAGCAAUGGUCACCCGCCAGCUGGGGACAAGAGCGUUUCUAGGAUUUCUAUGCCAUCAGGCCCACCUGGAUUACGGUGAGCCUGAUAUGGGGUCUGCCCUCGGGGGUUACAUAGCCCCAUCCACUGAAGGUUGGGGUGUUCGCUCAUCACCGGUUCGAGAUUUGCGUCUGCCUAACGACUCACUAUUUCCACAUGUUUUUGGGUAAAAUGAAUUGAGGGACGCCUUGUGGUAUUUGGUGAGCCGGCAAGACCUGUACCGGAAGAGGCGACAUGUAAAGAGGUCGACGCUAGAUGAGUAAUGGGGGCGAAUUUCUGCCAGCCCCUCUGCUAAACCGGGGACAAGCGGAGGACAAGCAUUUGUCGCGUCGGUGAUGUGUUCCCUGUCGAUACAGGACUUACCAAAGUCCCAGUACAUAACGGCGGUUCGCAUAUGGGUGGUGUUAAUAUGGAGGUGCGCUGGACUUGAGAGGAGUUGUGUACAAUUACAUGUCCUUUGCAACGAUCUUGACCUACAUCGACGGCGAAGUCACGUUCUGGAUCACAAACCAAGCACUGCCAAGGAUCGUUCAUGUAAAAAUGGUAAAUGACGCUAAAGAAAGAAGAACGAACGCCGGGCUUGAAAGUCAUUCCCAACAUAUGAAAAUAAAAAGCACAAAACACACAGACCCCAACGCCUUUUUUUGUUCCUACUCCGUCAAAACCAAAUACCUCC